AUGCGAAUUGGUUCCAUUUUUGGCCUGGGAUUGGCUUAUGCAAAUUCGAAAAGGUUAACUGUACUGAAGAAAGAAGAUGGCGGGAUUGUAUUCGAGCUAAAAAAGGUGCUUUCCGACACGAGACCAUCCGCAACAACCGAGGUGAAAGGAUUGGCUGCGCUAGCCAUUGGAUUCAUAUUAGUGGGUACCUGCGAUCAUAUUACAGCUUCGGAGAUGUUCAACUAUUUAAACGAGAAAACAGCUACCGAUCUGCAAGACCCGAACUACCGUUUCGUAGCUCUUGGCAUCGCUCUGAUUUUCCUUGGUGCACAAGACAAAAGUGAAGUAUUUGUUGAGAUGGUUCGCGCGCUGCCCGAUCCGUUCGGAGCGAUGUUCUCCACUCUCAUCGAUAUAUGCGCCUACACUGGUACCGGAAAUGUACUGAAAAUACAGAAACUUCUUCAUAUUUGUUCGGAACAUUACGAAACAAAGGAAACGAAAGAGGCAAAAAAGAAGGCAAAUAAAGAAGACAAAAACAAUACAAAGAAGGAGGGGGAUGCUUCCAACGAGAAACCGGACUACUCCAGUCAACAAGCAGUUGCCGUACUGGGCAUUGGUCUGAUUGCUAUGGGCGAGGAAAUCGGCGCACAGAUGAGCCUCAGAAUGUUCGGCCAUUUGAUUCGCUACGGUGAGCCAGUGAUUCGACGUGCUGUGCCACUGGCACUGGCUUUAAUUAGUACAUCGAAUCCGCAGCUUUCAAUUUUGGAAUCUCUCUCGAAGUUCUCGCAUGAUGCGGACUCGGAAACAGCCCAUAAUGCAAUCUUUGCGAUGGGCUUAGUUGGAGCGGGUACCAAUAAUGCCAGACUUGUUUCCAUGCUACGACAGCUCGCCAGUUAUCAUCAUAAGGAUCAGGUAAGUCUGAUGUUGGUUCGUUUGGCCCAGGGUAUGACACAUAUGGGCAAAGGAACAAUGACACUGAAUCCAUUUCAUUCGGAUCGCCAGCUUAUGUGCCCAGCAGCGGUUGCCGGACUUAUUACCAUAUGCUACGCAUUUCUGGACGCCAACAAUUGUGUACUGAAUAAUCGUCAGCACUAUUUGAUAUAUUCGAUGGCUCUGGCUAUACAGCCACGACUGCUGAUAACUUUGGUGGAGGAUGAAACAGAUCCGGACAAACUGAAACAGGUGAACGUAAGCGUCCGCGUCGGGCAAGCAGUUGAUGUAGUUGCCCAGGCUGGUAAACCGAAAACAAUCACGGGUUUCCAAACUCACACGACUCCGGUCCUCAUGGCUUACGGCGAACGAGCGGAACUUGCCAAUGAAGAAUGUUAG